AUGACGCCUUGUCUGGCAGUGAAUAGGAUACCCAACGAACUUAGUCCUUCUACUUUUUCGGAUUCAAGUACUUUAUGUAGUUUCGACACUAAUGUCAGUUGCCUAUCAGACGUAACUAAUGAAGAUUACCCGAGGAAAAGAGCUAGAACUGAGUUGAGAGAAAGAGAAGUAAACGUGCAGGAAUUGAAAGAGUAUAUAUUGAAGGCUCCAGGAGGAAAAGAAGUUGUCUUUUUCUACAGGAAUAACAGGACCCUGGACGAUAAACAUAGGAAGAGAUUAGUAAACAUUGUAGUGAAUCAUAUGCUACAAGAUACCCUUGACGUAUUGCCUUCUAAUUACACAAAAGCGACAUAUGCAUCAGCAAUCGUCCAACUAUUUCCUGCUCUAAGGGACAAAACUACGGAAGACGGAUUUGUAAGUUCCGUUUUUUAUGGGGAAUCUUCGAUGGUGCAAUCUUUCAUUUACAGGAAGACAAGAAUUAUGAUAUUAUUGCUUUGAAAACAAUAUCGCAUAAGGUUUCAUAUGAUUUGAGUUCCCCAUAUCUAAAUAAUUUCAAAUGUAUCGUCCCAAAAUUUGACAUAGUUCUGAAAUAAUUCAUUUGUGAUAAUUUUGUAUGUUCCGUUGGCGCUAUUCAGGGCUCGAUGUUUUCACCGGAUUAUGUAUACUGCAUACUUGUAUGUAGGUAAAUGAAGAAUAUGUAUAGUAUCUCUAUCUAAAGAAUAUUCUGUUGAUAUUUAUUUUCUAUAUUUUGUAAUUCUAUAUUUU